AAAUACAGGUUAGGAUUUCAGUUGAAGUCAGACACAAAGUCAGAUUCUACUUGUCUUUAUCUAUGGUCAGAUUUCGUGUGUGACCUAAACAAAUCGCUAGUGUUGUGCAAAGUUUAUGCUACAUCUAAUUCACAGACUAUAAGUGGAAAUAAAGUGCUUCAUUAUGGAAGGAACUGAUUUUGGAAAAGCUUCGUGGUUCGUGGAUCAACUCCGCUGCCUGAGAAUCGAGAAUUUAAAGGAAAAAUACGUUUCCCAGUUCAGCGAUAAAUGCGUCGAGGCGAACAAAAUGUUGGGGAGUUUUGAGAAAAUCGAACGUUAUUGUGAGAAUAUUACAAAGCAUUAUUUCUCUGAUCCGAAAUUAAUUGAAUGGCAGUACCUCGCUUAUAAUUUGUACUUGCUGAAAAGAUUGGGGGAAGUUUUGGAAGCGAAUGAUGAUAUUAGGAAUACACUAAGUGUGAAAGAAACGCAAGAUGCUAGACGUUCAAUAGAGGAGGUAGUCACAUUGGGGAUUCAGACCAAAUUAGUGCCAAAGCUGCCUUAUAGAAUCAACCAAGUCUUUACAUGUGCUGACGACAAGUUUUACGAAUACAACUUACUCAAGUGCACUGUUUUCGCUUUGUGCGAUUUUCUGCAUAACGCCAGCCUUCGACCGAUAAUUCUUCCGGAUUCGUUAAAGAUCAUUUUGACUGGACUCUACCAAAUUGGGCAUUGCGUGCUCAAGUCGCAGUCCGAUUUGGAAGUAAAUGACCAAUUAUACGAGCAGCUCCUAUCCGAAAGGAGAACGGCCCUCGCUUUACUAGAGGAAUUGGAGAAAACCAUUCACCCGUCAAUUUAUGUGAAGGCAAUUAUGAUGAUGCCAGACCGUGGUUGUCCUGUGUGGUUUAACAAAGCUGUAUACCAGGUUUUGUCCCGCAUAAUGAAUUCACCGAAAGGAAUUGAAAAGAUUGCCGUUGCAGUUCUAGACGGAGUGGCGAAUGAUCAAACAAAAAGUUGGUACGCUUUAGAUGUAUUGUUUCGACUGAUAGAACGCGGUAAGAAGCAAAGUAACUUCCUGGAUAUGUGCAAGCAGGUUGUUCGACUUGCUCAUAAAUACUAUGAUGAGCCCGAUUGUUUCAUUUAUGAACGACUAUUCGUCCUGUGCACCAAGAAUUUCUUCAAAUCCGACGAGAAUGGUUUAUGUACCGAUCUAUUCGUCCAAAGCGUCCUGGAGGUGCUGCUUCGCUUCACUCUCAACAACUACCGGCAUACAAAUAGAGUCAUCACUCAGCUUGUAAAAAAGAACAUAAGACUGAUUCAUCAACUCUUCGUGCAGCCCAGUGAAUGCCCCAGUUUGCCUGUGAUAAUGCUGCAGUUUCCUCUGCAGGUGAUUUUUAAGAUUUUCCUUGCGACAAUGGAGAACAAUCUUUUCAAAACAACUCACUAUGAAUGCAAGGCGAUUUUGCGGAAAUUUAUAGCAGACCAGCGGAACGAUGAUGCCAUUUUCGAUGCAUUUAUGUUCGAAAUUUAUCCAGACCACAUAAUGCCUUUUACCAACAAAGCAACUUUAAAUAUCGACGGACAAGAUAUUGUGGUGAACCCGACUGAACAUUCAUCUAUAUCACCAACAGCAGUGAACAGUGAAGGAAUUUGCCAGCUGCUUGGCACCAAUCCCGAUUGGCUUUCAAGAUUUUUCAAUUACUUAUUGAGGUGCCUGGUGCAUAGAGAAAAAUACUUCCCCAAAUGCAACGAAGAACUGUUAACCCUGGAAGAAGAGCUGGCCAACCCCAGCAUCGAAAGACAACUGGCCGUUUUUCGGUGUUUAGCUACUCUCGCUGCAGAUCAAACGCUUCAAAGCCGCAUCGUAGAAUCGCCGCAGGAAAUAAUCAAGUUUAUUAAAAAGGUUUUGGAAGAUGGAAUAGCAGCCAACGCUCACACGACUACGAACUAUGAAUCGCACGAAUUCCAAAGCAUUUUCACUGUUGUCAUGAUUCUGCAGUCUCUGAUGAGCAAUUGCACCAGAAAAGAGGUUGAAGCUUAUCAGGUAUUGAAUGAUCCUUUAUGGAUGAUUCGUGCUGACGGUCACCAUGAGGAGCUGCUGGAGAUGAUUUAUAAAGUGUUGGAGUAUCUUGACCUAGGAGGAACAACUCGUAAAAACACCGAAAACCUCACGGACGACAGAUUGAAAUUUGAUACCAUUUUGAAGCAAAUUUACGAUCCUUUGUUGCCGGUUAGAGGACAUGCUCUUCUCACUCUUAGGAAGCUAGUUGAGAACAGAGAAACUUUGGUUAAAGACCGAAAGCAGGCCAUCUUAACAAUAUUUCGGGAAAAUUUAAACAACCAGGAUUCGUUUAUCUACCUGAACGCCAUUGAAGGAGUAGCUGCUCUGUGUAACAGUUUUACUGAUACUGUCAUCAACACUCUGUGUGAAGAGUUUUCAGAGUCCGCACGAACAGGAGAUGAUAGGCACGAAGUGCGAUUGAAGCUCGGAGAAGUUUUAGUGAGAGUUUCCAAAAAUCUAGGUGAAAUGGCACCGAGAUACAAAGCAGUGCUUCUGAACGCUUUCCUCGUCGGUACCAAGGAUGAUGACCCAUUGGUUCGAGCCUCUAGUUUGUCGAAUUUGGGCGAAAUCUGUCGCGUGCUGGGUUUCAAAUUGGGAUCGAUCAUUUCCGAGAUUUUGGUCUGUGUUAACAGCAUCAUAGCGACGGACAAAUCGGCCGAGCCACGUCGGGCAGCUGUUGCUGUAUUGAGGCAGCUUUUCCAGGGACUAGCGACCGAAAUACUUGUUGAACUGAAAGAGAGUCUUUUGCCCAUUUAUAAAAUGCUUAAAAACAUUUAUUACAACGACAAAGACGACACCAUGAGGCUGCAUGCUCAACUAGCUUUAGAAGAACUAAAUGACUGUAUAGUAGGAUUGACGUUCGCCACACCAGUAUUAAGCACGGAGAAGAAAAUUGUACUUAUGAAAUAAUAGGAUUUUUGUAAAUUA